GAAACGGCUUCAUUUUUUCCGUUUUGCAGCGCAUUCUGUUGAACCUUUCUCAAUCAGUAACUGUGAACCGCCGAUCAUGGCUUCAAUAGCAGGGAGGUAUUGGAGAUCGGUGGCGAGUCAGGCCAGAGCGAAUCGGUGGCUCACCACAGCGACGACGCCAAAGAUGAAACCUUCAGCACCAGCUGCUGCUGAUUUUGUGGACCAUAACCAUGGUGCCAAGUCAAGGGCACUGAAGGGAGAGUAUGCUCCAAUCUAUAUUGUACUGGGGAUGAUGGUGCUGGCAUUGUCGAUCGGUACACACACUGCAAAGCAACAGUUGAUGUACUCACCGAGCGUGCGAGUGAGCAAGAAGAAGAGGGAGGUGGUCGCAGAGGUGGAGGAUCCAGACCAGGUCACUAGCGAGGCAAACCGGUUCAUCAGCAAGUCUUUCUUUAGAAAGGUGGCCCAUAUUCAGGACUUCGACUCGAUUCGUUCAGGAACUCCUGACCCCACUCGACCCAACCCCUUUAAUCAACCACGCAAUGUGGAGACUUUGGAGUCAGUAGGGGUGAAUCCUCGUGGCCAUUGAGCCCAAGGUUUUUAUCUCCAGAAAUCUUCUAGAUAUGUUUGUCUCUGCCCGUCCCUCUAUAUAUGGUAUGGCAUCGAUGUGCUGGUGUUUCUUUCCUUUUGAUUUCUUUAUUGCCUUGGGGUCAUAGAUUUAAGAUGAAUUUUGAUUAAUGUUGCAAGUGCCUUGUGGCUGGCGUUAGGAUGAAGCAUCCGCCGCCCAAGACUUCUUAUAAUGGUCAAUUGAGAGUGUAUGAAAACAUGUAAAGUUUUCUUAUAUCAAAAUUUGUACUAUUUCAUUUU